AUGACAAUCGAAUCAAAUAACAUAACUUGCUCAGAUCUUUAUGAAGACUAUAUUGAAAAGCACAAGACUGAUUUUUCUACAAAACUUCUUCAUUCACUCAAUGUACUUAACGAAUGUUUACAUCGUUAUGAUCCAUCUCAAAUUACAGUUGGUUUUAAUGGUGGCAAAGAUUGCACACUUGUAUUAAAUUUAUACUCAUAUGUUUUAAAACGCCGAUACUCAUCAUCUUCUUCUCCACCCAAACUUCGUGCUUUAUUCAUUCGAAAUCAUCAACAAUUUGAAGUUAUGGACUCAUUUAUUCAUGAUUGUGUUCAAAAGUAUAAUAUUGAUCUCAUCACAAUUGACGGACGGUUUAGAGAAGCUCUUUCUAAACUAAAAGUAAUUGAUCCACAAAUUCAAUGUGUUAUUAUGGGUUCAAGAAAAACUGAUCCCAAUUCAUCCACACUAAACGAUUUUUCACCAACAGAUUCCGAUUGGCCAUCCUAUAUGAGAUGUAAUCCAAUAUUACAUUAUACAUACAAGGAUGUAUGGACAUUUUUGAGACUUUUUCAAAUCAGUUAUUGUUCAAUAUACGAUGAAGGUUUUACAUCAUUGGGUAAUAAAGAUGUAACAGUCAAGAACAUUAAAUUGAAGUACCAAACAGAAAAUGGAGUAGAACAAUACAAGCCAGCCUAUAUGCUCGAUGAUGAAGUAAGUGAAAGAGAUGGAAGAAUUUAA